AUGCAAGGUCAGAAUCAGUUUGGAAAUAGAGGGUUUGGUGGACCCCCACAACCGCAGAGGCAAGGAGGUCGCCGUGGUAAUAAUCGUGGAGGUGGCGGAUUUCGCAAUUCUCGAUUUGAUCAUAAUAAUCAAAGGAAUCAGAGUCCGGCACAAGGAGGUCAACGACCAAGUAAUGAGCCAAUGAAACAAUCCCCUGAGAAUGAGAAGCAGCAACAGCCACAACAACAACAACCGCAACAACAAAAAGAUAAACCUGCUGAGGUAACUAAGCAGUCUCCAGCACCCACACCGACUCCACCUCAGAAUCAACAGCAACAGCACAAUCGUCCACAACAGCAUAAUCAACGCCAGCCGCAACAACAAUCUCAACAAAACCAACGUCAGCAACAGCAGGCGCAACAACAAAAAUCUCCACACAAUAUAUCCAAGCCUGAAUCACAGGACAAUGUUGAUAAAUCCAUCAGUAAUGAACAGAGUAAUCAGGGCCCGAAUGUAAAUCAGAAUCAAUUUCAGAAGAAUGUUAAUGGAAACUUUGGAGGUGGAAAUAAACAUGGUGGAACUUGGGGGCAAGGGGGUCCGAUGGGCCCAGGAGGUCCAGGCGGUCCGGGUGGUCCAGGUGGUCACGGAGGUCCAGGUGGUCCAGGGCAUCAUGGAGGUCCAGGUGGACCAGGUAAUAAGCAAAAUCAGAACAUGAACCAAAAACCAUUUGGCCAAAAACCUGGUGGAGGAUCUGGGCCGGCACGUAAUCAACAACGCAACAGCAUGAGGGGACAAAUGCAGGAUGGCAAACCAGUGCAGCGUGAGGAACAAAUGUUAGCAAACAAGUUGAAGGACCUUGUAGGGCCUCUGGUUGACUUGCCCCCAAUUGAUCAAACUGAAGUCAAGUUUAAUGGCAGAAGCAGACUGUAUAUUGGAAACCUUACAUCUGAUGUUACAGAAGAAGAAAUAAUGAAUCUGUUUGGUCAGUAUGGUGAAGCUGCAGAAUUGUUUAUUAAUAAAGAGAAAAACUUUGGUUUUAUAAAAAUGGAUUACAGAGUUAAUGCAGAAAAGGCAAAGAGGGAACUUGAUGGUAAAGUUAGGAAUGGUAGAGCCCUCAGAGUAAGAUUUGCACCACAUAACAGCGCUGUUCGCGUCAAAAACCUCCCGCCAUUUGUGUCAAAUGAACUUCUUUAUAAAGCCUUUGAAAUAUUUGGAAAGAUAGAACGAGCUUAUGUAAGGGUUGAUGAGAGAGGGAAAACUUUGAGCGAAGGUGUAGUGGAGUUCGCUCGCAAGCCUAGUGCUCUAGCUGCUAUCCGCAAUUGCACAGAAAAAUGCUUUUUCUUAACUUCUUCACUACGCCCAGUAAUUGUUGAAAACUUUGAGGAACCAGAUGAGCUUGAUGGUUAUCCUGAAAAGAACUUGCCUAAGAAACAUCCAGAAUAUAUGCGAGCCCGUGAGAUUGGACCACGGUUUUCCGAGGCUGGUAGUUUUGAACAUGAAUAUGGAACAAGGUGGAAGCAAUUGCAUGAGCUUCACCGCCAGAAAGAGGAAGCAUUAAAAAAAGAGUUGGCAGCUGAAGAAGAAAAACUUGAGGCUCAAAUGGAGUAUGCCAAGUACGAGCACGAGACGGAGCUGCUGCGCGAGCAGCUGCGGCAGCGUGAGCAAGACCGUGAGCGGCAGAAGCGCAGCUGGGAGAUGGCCGAGCGCGCGGCCGAGGAGCGGCGCGAGGCGGAGCGCGCGCAGCUGCUGCGCCAGGAGGAGGAGCUCUCGCAGCGCAUGCGCCUGCAGGACGACGAGCUGCGCCGCCGCCAGCAGGAGAACACGCUCUUCGUGCAGGCCCAAAGACUCAAUUCCAUGUUGGACCGGCAAGAGCAAGGCAUGUUUGAUCAACAGCAGCCAAUGGAUGGAGGCUUCAGGGACCAGUACGACAUGCCACGUGGAGGUUUUGACGACAUGCCGCAGAACCGCGGGUGGGACGGACCGCGCUCCAUGGACGACUAUCCUAAUAAACGUCGUCGCUUUUAA